UUGUAGCACAUCCACAUUCUCUCUUGGGACAGUUAGAUCUGUGAUGAUAGCAGAGCAACAAUAACGCUCCAACCAGGAACAAAACAAGUGUAUUUAUAGUCCCGUGUCAGUUAUAGAACUGGUUACAGAAUAAAUUAUUCUGAACCAGAAAAUAUACAGCCUUUUAUAAUUAAAAUGCUGACUGUUAAAGUAGUAAAAAAAAAAGUAAUGUAACUGAUUCUUUUUCACCAAUACCAGGCAGCCCAUUGCCAGUAUAACAGCUAAUGUUCUAUGCAGUGCUUAUUUGUAUUCCCUAUAGUUGUGCUCUGCAUCAGGGUUAAAAGUCAUAUUUAUAGAUUCAUUAAUUGACUUUUUCUUUCAGAGUGAAGUUGUACUCUGAGUUCCUCCUGAUGAAGUCAAGGACCACCUGCAUUAUGCUGAUUGAGAUAUUCCGGGCACUUGGCGCUGUUCGAGGUCCUUCUGGCCAUCUGGAUCAUGCCUACCAUUGGCUGGCCUGGCUGCUUGGCCUGUCUACAGCACCCCUGCUGAGCUUUGUUACCUUCUGUUUUGAGGAUCGUGGUGGGGUCCAAGAUCUCUUAACUCCUCAUUAUCGCAGAAGCAUUAUUCUCCCGUGGUUUAUAUGGUUUGCCAAUGCCUUCUCCACCAAUCACCUGGUCCUCCUGACCACUGAGCUAUUCCAAGCAGGAGAUGCAUGUAGUGGAGUUUUUGUGACGUUGUUUGUGAUCGAUCGGAUUGGCAGGAAGAAAAGCAUGGCGAUGUGCAUUCUGCCCCUGUACUCUUGUAUUGGGAGGGUUGCUCUCACAGUCUUCAGAGCCUUCAUCACUGGGGGAUUCCAAGUUGCCUUUAUCUGCACACCUGAGUUAAGCAUAUUUACAUUUUUCCAUCAGUAGAUACUUGACAUCUAAAAUCUCAGCUACUGCUGUUGAGGACAUGAGGACAAUUUGUAUAAACUAUUCUUUCUUUAGGGUAUGGGGAUCGGGACCUGCAGUGGGAUGGCCAAGGUGCCACUCAAGAAGUCUGUGUACCUGACACUGUCCGUGUACUGCAUCUGUUGCCUGCUGGACACAGGAGCGUCCGUGCUGUUGCCCAUUGAGACCACAGGCCUGGGCCUGCAGGAGACUAGUCAAAUCACAGCCGGUCAGGAGAAGACCACGAGCCAGACGUCAAGUGGCUCAGGUUUCACCAACACAUGCCAGCUAUGGAUCAACCUAUAACAGCUGAUGAGGACAAUAGGGUGGGCUAAGGUGUUGAGAGAAAUGGAUGGAACUUGAUUAUUCCCACUUCAGUCUUUUCAAGUCAUGUCCCAUGGAUUCUACACAAAAGGACAUUAAAGAUAUUUUUCUGUAAUUAUUUAGAUAAUAAUAAUUUAAGAGAAUGUAGAUGGCAAUAAUGAAUUCCUCCACAUCAUUUUCAUUAUAGCAAUACAAUGGGUGCAUAUCUGUGUAGGUGCAAUAUGAGUUCUAAGAUUUGUGUACUAAUGUUCCUUGCUUAAAUCUGUUUGCAAAUAAUAUUCACAUGAAUACAUUUCAUGAUAAGUAGCCUUUGGUUUCCGUUGAGUGUAGUAGUCUUUAGUCUGGCCAGAGUCACCUUGACGACAUUGGCCCAAUGAUAGCACCUUGACGACAUUUGCCCAAUGAUAGCACCUUGACCACAUUGGCCCAAUGAUAGCGCGCACGCAAACCGAAGCAGCCAAUCAUAGCAUCCGGCAAAGUGUCAGAACAGAAGCGCUUGUCAUUUAUGCUCAGCAUGCAACCUGGCUGCGAUGUGUUUUGUUUGUCUGCACGAUAAAUGGUAUAUGACACAGAUGGACAAAAUUGCAUACUUGCCUUUACAACUAUUUACAAAUGACUAUUCUAAAACGAACUGUGAAGGAUGGGCGAGUCAGAAGCCGAUGAUGGGUUUAUCAGGAUGGUGAAAUCAGAGGCAAGAAAGAUUUAAUGCGAUCCUGAGCGUUUUCUCCUGUGCUGCACAGGGUCAAUCUAGGCGCAUCUUGGCCCAGAGCAACGCGCCUUCCUUCCCCCCAUUCAAAGGUCUCCUCUCCGUAGCAGUAGCCAGCCAUGGCCCUGGUAACCCUACAGCGCUCUCCCACCCCGAGCGCAGCAUCCACCGCCAGCACCAACGCGGGGGAGGAAUUAGGGCGUGAUGAUGACCGGAGAGCAAAUCAGAGCCUCAGCGAGAGCUUCUUCAUGGUCAAAGGAGCUGCCCUCUUCCUGCAACAGGGCACCAAUGCACAGGGACCCAAGACCCCUACACACCACAAACACGCAGGUAAACACACUGGCACACCACAAACACGCAGGUGACUUACCUCAACAUCUGCAGGUUAUGAUUAACACCCUCCGCUCUGAGGACCGCAUUAAACUGGCUGUACGGUUAGAGAGCGGUUGGUCUGACCGCGUGCGGUACAUGGUUGUGGUCUACACCAGUGGUCGACAGGACACAGAGGAGAAUAUCCUGCUAGGGAUGGACUUCACCGAUAAGGACAGUAAAAGCUGCUCUAUCGGGAUGGUGCUACCGCUAUGGAGCGAUACGAAGAUUCAUUUAGAUGGCGAUGGAGGAUUUAGUGUGACCACAGGAGGACGAUCGCAUGUCUUCAAGCCUGUUUCUGUGCAGGCCAUGUGGUCUGCCCUGCAGAUCCUCCAUAAGGCAAGCGAUAUGUCUCGCAGGCACAACUACUUCCCAGGGGGCAUGGCCCUCACGUGGAUGGGCUUCUAUGAGAGCUGUAUCACCUCCGAGCAGAGCUGCAUCAACGAGUGGAACACUAUGACCGACCUGGAGACCAUGCGGCCCGACUCACCUGCCAUGUUCCUCGACCGGCCAACGGAGAGAGAGAGAACAGAGUGUGCAAUCAAAGCUAAACUACGCAGCAUGAUGAUGUUCCGGGACCUGGAGAAUGUCACUUCCAAGGAGAUCCGUGUGGAGCUAGAGCAGCAUAUGAGCUGUAACCUGAAGGAGUACAAAGAGUUCCUUGACAAUGAGAUGCUGCUGAUCCUGGGUCAGAUGGACAAAGCCACACUCAUCUUUGACCACCUCUACCUGGGCUCUGAGUGGAAUGCCUCCAAUCUGGAGGAACUACGGGACUGUGGUGUGGGCUACAUCCUCAACGUGACCAGGGAAAUAGACAAUUUCUUUCAGGGCACGUUCUCCUACCACAAUAUCCGGGUGUUUGAUGAGGAGGCCACAGACCUGCUGGCCCACUGGAACGAGACCUACAACUUCAUCGUCAGAGCCAAGAAGAACCAGUCUAAGUGUCUGGUCCACUGUAAGAUGGGUGUGAGCCGGUCAGCCUCCACGGUCAUAGCGUAUGCCAUGAAGGAGUAUGGCUGGACUCUGGAGAAGGCCUACAACUUUGUGAAGCAGAAGAGGAGCAUUGCUCGGCCCAAUGCUGGCUUUAUGAAGCAGCUGGCCGAGUACGAGGGCAUCCUGGACGCUAGUAAACAGCGCCACAACAAGCUGUGGAGGCCCGAGGGAAGGGAGGACAUCCCAGAUGAGGCGUCUGGCCAGUGUUGUGGUGGAGAGGAUACCCCCGUGGAGGAUGAGGCCUGGGGGGGAGAGGGCUGCAGUGCCUCCCCCUGCCGGGGCCUGGAGGUGGACGCCCUGGACCCUCUCAACUACAAUUACUACUUCAGACGGCUGUCGGACACGGCCCUGGACAGCGAGCCCUCCACCCCAGUGCGCGGCCCUCCCCUGCUGGGCAUGGAAAGGGUGUUCAUCGAGAUCGAGGAUGUGGAGAGGGACGCCCUUCUGGAGGAUGAGGGCUUCCCCAUGGCCCAACUGGCUUUGCCCGGGGAGGGCACUGCCGCCCAGACCUGUGGGGGCCGCUUGGAGCCCCUGGAGGACAUGAGGCUACGCCUGGAGUUCAGCACGGUGGAGGAGGAGGAUGAGGAGGAGGCGAAGAAGGAGGAGGCGGAGAUGGCCGCCCUGGCCCGGACACCUGCAGGAGGAGAUGGAGUGACGGAGGACGAGGAGAGGAAGGAUCAGGCCAACGUAAACCGCUUCAACAACGAGAACGCCAACAACAGUAACCGCCUGGCUGCCAAGCGCAGCUGCCCCGCUGCCUUCGACGACAGUGCUAGCACAGGAAACCCUUACAAAGUGAAGCCCUCCUACCAGUCCUGUAAAGACUGCCUGCGUCUGCCACCAGGGCGGCGCUGUGAGCGCCCAGCAGGAGGCCGCAACCACCGCCUUAACCCCACACGCCACUGCGGGGUGGUCCCCACUAUCUCCAUAGACCCCCCUGGCACCCACUUCACCAACACUCCCACCCCCCACUCCCCCUGUGCCCUCCCUACCACCAUUGCCCGCCUGGAGGCCUACCGCCAGCGGCUGGUGUCGCCCAUGAGCUGCGAGGAGCUGCCCCGAGACAGACACUGCUCCCUGGAGACGGAGGACAUGGACGAGCUGCAGGAGGAAGAGGAGGAAGAGCAGGAGCCAAAGCCAGGGAGGGAGGCGGGGACUGGAGCCAUCACAGAGCUCACGUUUAUGAAGCUCAGCUUGGAGGGGGAGAGGCCAGCGGGUCAGCCUCCUGGUGUGGAUUUGCAGCCUGCUGGGGUGGAGGUGGGCCCUCCUAGUGGUGGAGUGGAGCCACAGCAGGAGCAGGAGGCCCUGGCCCAGCUACAGAGGACAGGGCUGGGGCUGGUGAGGCAGAGCGCGGAGCAGCUGGAGAGGCUCUCAGGACUGGCCAUGGAAGGUCCACUCUCAGGGGCUGGGCUGUCUGAGCAGAUGGACCUGAGCUUGGCGGUGGAGGAGAUGGAGGUGGAGGGGGAUGUAAGGGUGCAUUCUGAAACCCACAUCCCUUCUACCAGCUGUGUGGUCACAGCCGCAGACCCCCAGAUGAACACCACCCCAGUGUCGUACCCCCAGUGGUCCACCCAGACUUGGACCCCUGUGUCCUCCCCCCAUGGCUCCACCCUCACCCGGAGCUUCAGCAGCGUCAGCCUCCACAGCAACUGCGGGGGACGCCCAGGCCUGGUCAGGCCGCGCACCCGGGAGAUGGAGACCCGCAUGAGGCUGGCCGGCCUGACCGUCCCCUCCCUGCUCAAACGCUCUAGCUCCCUGGCCAAACUAGGAGGCCUCACCUUCUCCACCGAGGACCUCUCAGACCUGGCUGAUGAUCAGGCCCAGCUGUUCUCCACCGUGCCCCCAGCGCUCUGAGCCCCCAUCCACCCCCUGGAGCUGACUGUGUUUUCAGUGUCUCUCCUCCAGACAGGUUCCAUGUGUCUAAACCACCUGACCGUGUAAGAGCAGUUUGAAGGAGCUGGGAGAAAUUUGCCAGGUGUCCUGGAGACAUGCCUGAGACAUAUUAGCAGCAUGUUGGCUGGAAGAAAGAAAUAACUAAAGAUUUCUUAUUACAGACUGAGUGUACAAAACAUGAAGACCACCUUCCUAAUAUUGAGUUGCACACCCCUUCCCCUUUUGCCCUCAACAGCCUCAAUUCGAUGGGGCAUGGACUCUACAAGGUGUCAAAAACAUUCCACAGGGAUGCUGGCCCAUGUUGAUUCCAAUGCGUCCCACAGUUGUAUUAAGUUGGCUGGAUGUCCUUUGGGUGGUGGACCAUUUUUGAUGCACACAGGAAACUGUUGUGUGAAAAACCCAGCUACCGUACCCUGCCAAACUAAAAAGCCAAACUUUUUUUUUUUCAUUUUUAGGGGAAUCUUUUGUCUUGCCCAUUCACCCUCUGAAUGGCACACAUACACAAUCCAUGUCUCAAGGCUUAAAAAUCCUUCUUUAACCCGUCUCCUCCCCUUCAUCUACACUGUUUUGAAGUGGAUUUAACAGGUGACAUCAAUAAGAGAUCAUAGCUUUCAGCUGGUCAGUUUGUCAUGGAAAGAGCAGGUGUUCCUAAUGUUUCGUACAGUCAGUGUACAUGUACUCUGUUUAUCAAUCCAAAUAAGAGAUGCUAUUGGAGAAAAUCCACUCGAAGGAGCUCAAUGAAUGUGUGCAACUGAGCCUCUGUUUGGAUUCAUUCAGCGUCUCAUGUGCCCCUGAGCAGACUAACGGUUGAAGAUUGAAUCCUCAUUUUCUGUAUAUUCCUCCCUUGUUACAAGCUGUUUUUGUGUCACCGAACAACAACUUCAUCAUAUGAGCAGCUUCCUGCCUCUUCAAGCAAAGCAGGGUACCUCAGUCAGAACACAAGCAUCUCAAGACUAUUUUGGUCCAAUACUGUUUUUGUUGGCUUGCCUCUCCUCAAUGACUGGCUCAGCCAGCUCUCCUCCAAUGAGGUACUUAAUGUAAUAAUGUCUUGAAGUGGUCAAAAGUCCAUUCAUAACGGUCUAGAGUUACGCAAACUGUCCUCAUUGUCACAACUAGAGCUUCCUCAUGGGGAGCAGAGCAGUAGACUGACUGGACUUAUCACACAUGCUAUGGAUGAUUGGAAGAAACAGAAUAAAUAUUAAAAUUCUCUUCUGGAUUCAUUUCUGUAUAUUUGAGGUAGUUUAGAGGGAGCAUAUACACUUUGGUUUAGUUUUGCCACAGCUGAACUUUCACCACUUCUGUGCAAUGGUAAUAGGUACAGUACUUCAAUGAUCUGAUUAAGAACUCAUCAUCAUGUUUGAUAGGAUUUGUGGGCAACUGAAAGAGUUCAAAUGGUUUUGGGACUGGAUUUUACAACACUGCAUUAAUCUACUGUAGCACUGAUAAUCCUCUGCCCCCCCCCCCCCCCCCCCCCCAUGCCUUUAUCCAUCGUCCCUGCAUCACUCUCAAAAGGCAAUCAAAUACAGUAGGUUGAUUUUCUGUCUGUUUAGUUUUGGCAUCAACAUGCUAGUACAUACUCUGCUCCCCUUCUGGUUCACACCUUUGUGGUACUGCACUGUAGAGGCUUUGUUAACCGGCUUAUUCAACUAUCAAUGUGCCACAGCAACAGAGUAACAUUAGACUACCUUUCUUUGUACUGCUAAGAAAUACUAAUCCGUUGAUCUGCAUAAGCUACACAAGACAACACCUUUGACACUCUGAAGGUCCAGGCACAAACCUGGUACUAUGAAGUGGCCACUGAGUUGUUGCUAUACAUUGAAGCAGAUCGCCUGUUUGAACUGCUUGUUUUUGCUCUCCCAUUUAGUGCCAGACCUGGGAGUGUCCCAGCACUAUGAUGGCUGCAGCAAAGCCUAAUGUGAUUUAGCUGUUUGUGGCAGAAGGAAAGAAGCAGCUUUUCUCAGCCUUUUCCAUUCGUAUGGCAACGCUAUCAGCCAAACUAGGAAGUUGGGACAAAAACAAGCUGAGGCGUUGUAACAGACAACUAUCUAUAGUUGCUUAGAAAGGGGUUACAAUUCUGGUUUCUGUGGCAGUCUGUAGAGAGAAUAUCACUAGCCACUAGGAAUUGUUUUGUUUACAGCAGACAUGAGCAUCUUCCAAAGCUGUUGUAGAGCCGCAGUACAGUAUGACUGGGGCCACUGCCAUCAUCCCACAUGUAUCACCAAUGUUACAUUAACUUAUCUUCCUUAUUUGUACAUGUUUUUAUUAUAUAAUCUAAUAUGCAUUUGGUUGAGUUCUGUGGCCAGCCUAAGCUUAAUUUGCCACAUGGGUGUUAUUAUGCUUUGAAGUUGUGUUUUGUCUGUUAUAACUACUGCAUUUGGCAUGAGUGUGCAAGGAUAAUGUGUGAUGGCAGUGUGUGUGCAGGCGCAUGCAAAUGAUCUAGAUUUUAUUACCACCAUGGUUAUAAUAUGAGUGCGAUGGGAAAGGUGUCUGUGUGCAAAAUAACUGUUACUCCUUGAACUAUACGUCAUUGUCACUUAUGCAAUGGUCUAUACUAUACAUCAUGUAGACUGGUUUGCUCUGAGUUGGGAUAACAAAGAAAAUGAAAAUCACUCUUAAUCAGCUGAAUAUCGCGGCAUGUGUUACAUUAGUAACUUUUGUUAGUGUUUGUUACUCCGAGGUACUGGUCAAAGCAAUUUGCAAUUUAAUUUAGGUUCAAGUCACAACCCAAUGGCUUGGGUUCUGUGGUCGAUGAACACUGUCUGUGUUUAGACAGGCAGCCCAGUUCAGAAUUGACCAAUCACGUCAGAUAUUUUUGAGAGCUAAUUUGAUUGGUCGAAAGACCAAUUAGUAAAAAAAGAGCUCAGAAUUGGGUUACCUGUUUGAACGCAGCCCUUGUGGCUUUUGAGUUAUUGCACUGUAUGAAUUUCCCUGUGUUCACUGGUGGGUUUUCAAUGAUCAAAGAGAUUCUCUCACAGGUAAUACAAUUAUUUGAAUGGAAUGGUGAUUCAGUUCAGCCUAGUCUACCACUUGUGGUUAGUGUGGUCACCAUUUAGGCAUGAUCAUUUGGUGCGCUUUAUUCAAGCCUACUGUUAUACUACCUUCAUGUGGCUGUUAUAAGCUUGAUGUAAUUUAUGACAUAAUGGGUUAUAAAAGUUUACAGAAUAUCCUAUAAGUUCAACUUUUUAUUUCAUGAUACUGUGAUGAUACUUUGGUUAGCCAGUUGUGCUCAGCUUUAGGCCAUGCUCAUAGCAGUGAACAGUAGGCUGUGUGGUGGAUUUAAGUGCUGUCAAAAUGAGCGUCUUCACCAAAUGCUCCAUCACCACUGAUGCUAUGCUUAAAGCUACUGCACUAGGUUUGAUUGUUUGCAUCAUUUGUUUUUGAGUGUUUUAUAAUUCUACAUAAGUGCCUUAACCCUGGCCUUAGCUCUGGCUGGCCUAGCUACAUUGCAGGCUUAACCCUGGCCUUAUCUCUGACUUGGUGCAUCGCAGGCUUUGCAGAGUCAUUGUGAAUGGAAAGGCCACUUGCCCUCUGCCCCAUAAUAAUAAUCCUGUUGCUCACACAAACCCACAAAGUACACAUGUUCACACACAAGCUCUCACUCCCACACGUGCAUAUGCUUGUCAAGCUCAUCAGUUGCUUGGGUUAUCUAUUAUUGAAACCAAAGUUUGAGGGGUUUAUUUGGACAAAUAGGCACAGAACCAAGUCUUAUCUACAUUGCCAGGCAUCUUAGGGUUCACCUGCCCUUACUGACAAUCCUUUAACUGGUCAAUGCUUUGAGAGAAAUGGAGACAGGAAGAGGGGGAUCCUUACAGUAGUUCAUGUCAAGAGUACAAGUUGCCAUCUUUCCUUGAUGUUCACCCCUUGCAAAAACAUCUUAUUGUAUAUAAGCCAAGGCAUGAAUGAGUGAAACCGCCUAAAACAUACAUAAUCAACUUGAGUGAUUUUUGUAAUUUUUUUUUUUUUUUUUAAGCGGUGACUUGUUUGCACUGGCUGUGUUGUGUGAUGCCCUUUUUUAUUUUUACAUUUUGUUAAGGAUGUCCAGUCAAUGUGUAUCAUGGAAAUAAAUAAUUUCCUCUC